UCGUUGUUUUUGUGUUCAGUUGCAGGAAGUGAACCCGAGUCGAAUACAGGCCGGAUACGUGCGGUUGAAAUGUGAAAUGAGCAGUUUUCACUGCUUUAGUUUUGUUGACCGAUGGUGAAUGAUCAUCAGUACACGCUAGUGCGGACUACUGAAUGGCCCCCAGAGAGGUAUUCCGAUUCUGAAGGCCCCGAUUCCGACCUUCUCUCAACGGACACGUCGGAUAUAUUGAAGACUCGCCCUGUGUGGUUCCCCGGGACGAGAACUGAUAUGACCUCCACUGUUUCCUUGAGUUCGAUAAAGAGGUGGCGUCUGUUGCCGGGUCGAAAUCGCUAUUUCUGUGACGGAAGGAUCAUGAUGGCGAAGCAGACCGGUGUGUUCUACUUCACUGUGGGGCUUAUUGUCGUCACGAGCGGAUUGUUCUUUGGAUUUGAUUGUCCAUUUCUUGCCACGAGGAUAAAUCCGGUCUUGCCCUUGGUUGCAGCAGUGAUGUUCUUAUUUGUGAUGUCAACAUUAUUCCGCACGAGUUUCAUGGACCCAGGAAUCAUUCCCAGAGCAGAUUCAACAGAAGCAAGAGACAUUGAGAAACAAAUUGAGGUGCAAAACGGUGUUAGCAGUCCGACGUAUCGUCCGCCGCCAAGAACAAAGGAGGUUGUAGUGAACAAAGUCAACGUGAAAUUGAAAUACUGCUUCACGUGCAAAAUCUUUCGACCUCCACGUGCGUCGCACUGCUCAAUCUGUGAUAAUUGCGUUGAACGCUUCGAUCAUCAUUGCCCGUGGGUGGGCAAUUGCGUCGGAAAGCGGAACUACAGAUUUUUUUAUAUGUUUAUUGUAUCCCUAGGAUUUUAUUGCAUGUUCAUUUUCGCAUGCGUCGUCACGCAUCUAGCUCUGAGUGAGUGCGAAUAUUAUUCUCCGUCUGUUCUCAUUGGAAAUUUCAUGAAGUUUGUGUAUGAGAAGAAUCAGAGGUUCUUGGAUGCAGUGCAAGAGAGUCCAGCUAGUUUAAUCAUCGCAAUAAUUUGCUUCUUGUCGGUGUGGUCAAUUCUUGGCUUGGCUGGUUUUCAUACGUACCUCAUUUUCUCCAACCAAACCACGAAUGAAGAUAUCAAAGGUUCAUUUUCCUCGAGGAGAGGGAUCGAAUUAAAGAAUCCGUACUCAAAACCCGGUUUUUGCGGGAACUGUUUCGACAUCCUUUGCGGUCCAUUCCAUCCGUCACUGCUCCGACGGCGAGAGUUGGUUUCCUGGGAAGAGUUCGGCAAAAAUGAAGCUGCAGUGAGAAACCUCGACAAGGAGAUGAGUGGGGCUCCUGUUGCAGCGGCGUCUAUUCCUGCUUCCGGUCCCAUGUCGCCCAGUUCCGGCAUUCCAUCGUCGCACCCGAGUUACGGAACUACCGAGCCUGCUGCACAAAAAAAAUCCGUGAACGGAAGCAUGCAGCUAGAGCCGCAGUCAGCACAAGCGAAAAUGGCUCAACAGUCUGCUAGCAGUGGGCAGUACUACCCGAAUCCCCCGCCGAUCAGCCUGACGACGAAACAGACUCGUGUCGGCGUCGUCAACAAGUCCUCCGGAGGUAGAACCUUGCCGCCUUUGGUCCACGGUGACAGACUGCCUUCUUCCUGGACUUCUUCUCUGCCUCGUCAUCAUCCCAACUCGGGUCUCAAUCCUUCCGGUGACGGGUUUCCUCCUCCUCCUUCUUCUUCUUCGUCCGGCGGCUUCAAUCACCCGGAUUGUAUUCCGCAUUUUGCUUACCCGUCCCAGCAAGCUGGCGGGGAUUCGAGUUACCGCGGGCCCCCGCAUAUGAAACACCCCACAAGGCGCAUGCAUUCCUUUACGUAUGAAACAGAAGAUGAUGACGCUGAUUUGUGCUACAUUUUGGUCAUUGCAUCCUGGAAACAAAAAACUUCUCCCCAUGCCCAGUCUCCGAAGCAGAGCGCAAGACUCGGCAAUUCUCAGUGGCCAGGUGGCUCUACGCAUCCCUUGCUGAGAAGUGACCAGAAUAAUCCCCACUCCUUGACCACAGUCCACGCCACGGAUCAGCAAGAAACCUAUUCGCGAAGUAGCCAGAACCCGACUGAGUCUGUUCUCGACAGCCUCGAUUUGGACUCUUUGGAUGGGUCUGCUGGUGGUACAACUUUGUCCAGUGGAAGCCAAGCCGGGCUCAUCAUCAAGAACACUCAUAUCUUGUGA